UAGAACAUUAGAACAGAGUCACUCUGUGAUCAUUGGACAGUUUGUUAUUUUUGGUUGAAGAAUAUAUAAACGGGUGUAUAUUUCAAGGAUUUUGUAACAGAAUAAAAACACAGGUGGCCAUGGGAGCAGUGGAUGUCAUGCGGAAUGAUACUCUCCAAGCUUUUCUUCAGGAUCGGACGCCAAACUCAUCACCGGAAACCAGCAGGCAUUCACCUCUGGCUCUCCUGGCGGCCACCUGUAACCGCAUUGGGCAUCACCAGAGUUCCAGCCCCGGGGAGACUCUCCAAGUCCAGUACUCUUAUGACACGACUUUGAGUUCUCCGUCGAGGCUCUUUCAUCCGUGGAAUAACGAUGUCAUUGCACAGGGUCCUUUCACGAAUAACUCCACUUUGGGGCUUUCUCCAAAAGCCCCCCUCUCCACAAAUAUCCAGACGUCCUUUUCGGCACAUCACGAGCUUCCUCUUCCUCUCACUCCGCCAGCUGACCCGGGAUAUCCGUAUGACUUUCCACCGGUCAAGAUGUUGCCUUGUUCCGUACAAUCACUGCAGGCGAGUUGCACGCCCACAUAUGUCCCGACUGUAACUUACACAGCUGCGACAGCGCCCAUAGCAGCCUCGAUGUCAAGUUUUGUUCCAGGACAUGCUGGCCUGGUUCAUAGUCAGCAAUCCAGACAUCUACCGCAGGGCAUCGGGGAGGAUAUUCCGUGGUGGAGUUUACAGCAAGGGACCCACGUCAGUCACUCCACAUCUCUUACAGCGCACCGGUUCCCAUUGCAGAGAGGUUUGGUUUUGGGACACACAGAGUUUGCGCACUAUCAGACACAAAUUGCAGCUCUGUUUCAUUCGAAAUCGUCACUUAGUGGCGCACGCAGAUGUCGUAGGUGCAGGUGUCCCAACUGCCAAAAUUCCAGCCCUUCCACCGAGGAGCCCGGAAAGAAAAAGCAACACAUCUGCCACAUCCCGGGCUGUGGGAAGGUUUACGGCAAAACUUCGCAUCUCAAAGCGCACUUACGUUGGCACUCAGGUGAACGGCCGUUCGUGUGCAACUGGCUGUUUUGCGGAAAGAGUUUCACGCGCUCCGACGAGUUGCAGAGACACCUGCGCACGCACACGGGCGAGAAGCGCUUCGCCUGUCCGGACUGUUGUAAGCGCUUCAUGCGCAGCGACCACCUGGCCAAGCACGUGAAGACGCACCAGGGCAAGAAGGGCAGAGUGCCACAUCGAAUCUUCAGUCAAGUGAAAAGGGAGGACACAAGAAACUACUGAAACAACUUGAUAGCCUAAGUGGAUUUAGUAUCCCGGGAAAGUGAGAUAGGACAAUUGUGCCAUUAACCUGGAUGGAAAGAAAAACAGAAAUGCAACUUUUGGCUAUUUCUAACUUUUCACAAAUGUUACAGUGCACUGUUGGGUAGCCUACAAUUCACAGUGCCCUGUCUGUUUAAUAGCCUACACAGCAAACAACGGCUUGAUUUGUUACUGAUUGUUACUGCCUAACUGACACGUGACACACAUCAGUUUGUAAAUAGGCAUAUUGAAAGCUUUUGUUGAACAAAAGUCAAUGUAUCCUUUAGUUCUUUCUGGGGUGGUUAAUGCAUGUUGAAUA